AUGACACACCAAUUUCUUUUAUGUGUUAAUGUCUUUGUUAGGAGCGAUUGGUCGAAUCUUCUUCCUGAACUUUUGAGAUUGGUAAUGCUUCGUCUCUUUGUGAAAGAUAUCAUUCGGGCUUCCGCAGUCUGUAGAUCAUGGUAUGAAUCUAGUGUUUCUUUUCGGAUGAACGACCGACAUCCAUGGUUUAUGAAAUACUCUUUAACAUCGAGUAGAGGGCCUUGUGAGUUGUAUGAUCCCAUGCAGAGGAUGACAUACCUCACAUAUUUCCCAGAAAUAAUAGGCAUGUCGGUUCAUCACGCAAAAGAUGGUUGGUUGCUUAUGCACAAAGAUGGUUCAUCUGAGAUAUUCUUCUUCAACCCAUUUACUCGAAAACUUAUAAAUCUGCCUAAUUGCGAACAUUAUAACGAAUCUGCGGCUUUCACAUGUGCACCCACAUCUGAAAGUUGUUUGAUUUUUGGUAUGACAAACAUCGACGGAAGCAACGUGGGAAUCAACACUCUUAAGUUUGGAGAAACCAAAUGGGAGACUAUUCAUUUUAAGAGUUUUGGAUGUGCUUUCACUUCUAACAAUAAAAUUAUUUUUCUGGAAGGUCUCUUUUACUGUCUUGGUUGGUUUAACUGGAUACCGGUUUUUGAUCCAUCCAAACGAUCCUUGGUCAACUACAUCGUAGAAUAUGAUAGAAGUCUUGCACUUUCAACUAGAACGUACUUUGUAGAGAUAAAAGGAGAUAUCUUCUUCAUAAAGAUAGAUAGUGAAAAGCUACGACUUUUUAGAUUGAAUCGAGAUAAAACUUGGAGUUGGGAAGAAAAAGACAGAAUUGAAGAAGUGUCAACGAUCUUCGGGGCUACUUGCGGAUCUGAAUGUAGAUCAGACCUUCCAAACUGUUUGAGAAACAAGCUACUUUUAUCCAAUGCACCUCACCCAAUGAUCAAAACUUAUUUUUUUGAUGGAGAAAGGUAUCUCACAAAUGAUUCAGACAUUCUGUUUUGGGAUAGAAACCCCAUUUAUCAAUGUGUUUGGAUUGAGCCUCCCAAACAAUGCAUAGAUUUUAUUUGA